AUGUCAAACUCUUCCAAGGCAUUGAUACUCUGGAAACCAAAGUAUCUGUUCUUUCCUCCUGUACAAGAACCGCCUCCACCUUCCAGAGUGUUUAGGCAUGUCGAUCUGAUCAUGGAGAAUGAGGAAGAAAGACCUUUCUUUGGACCAGUGCUGCUCCAUUCAUCUCAUAAUCCACAUCAUGAGUCUAUCUUCCCAGAUUUAUUCGUAAAUGACACUUUCCUCCGAUAUGUAUUAUACCCUCCAAGAUCAUUGCCACCUUUCAUUGAUGUUUCUCCACCUUUUACCGAGCUCUUUACUCAUCCUUCAAACACUCUCACUCAUUCUCAAGACGAAUCAAUUACUGACAGCGAAGAAAGAGGUGGAAGUGUAACGAUACUCGAAAGUAUUGAUGAAGAUCCUCUUCCUCCUCCUUCAUCAUCAUCAAAGAAGAAACCUGCUAAGAUAACACUGAAACGUAAAUCACCUGACGAGGACGAUUUUUUCUCUACACCUGAUCAUCAAGACCAAAGUGCAGACCAAGAUCUUCCAUCUGAUUCUCACAGAUCCAAAACAGAUGAAGAAGCAUCCAUCGAACAAUGGAGAGUAGGUAGAAGACCUGGAUUUCAAGGUUCUUUCAUUGCUCCCAGGAAAACUCCAAAAGAGGAAGAAGAGAAGGACUCAAGAAAGAGGACUUUCGGUCAGAGUAUCUUAUCUUCGGCCGAGAAAGUACUCAAAAAACCGUUCCGUAUGCCUACGAAAAUACCUCCCAAAACUGCUAAUCUAGUCGAAGAGAUCCAUCCAUUUGACAUACCUAAUGACACAGCGAGAUCAUUCUUUUCACCUUCUUCUCACUCAAGUACCCACUCUUCACCUUUAAAUCCAGUAACGCCGAAGUCAAGCUCCGAUAUAACAUCAAUAUCAGAUUUAAAGUCGACACCACAAUCAAUAUCAAAUUCAAAACUAGAUCCGUUCUUUCCUGAAUUUCCAUUUCAUAAUGUCCAGCCCUCUUCUACUCCUACCAGAUCUGCCAAACGCCCAAUUACAUCAAGCCCAUUCAAGACGCCUUUACGAAAAGAAAGAUCAACAGCACCUUCACCAUCGUCCAAAAGCCACAAUACUCGUAUUGUAAAUUACCCGAAAUCAUCAGCUUUAGCUUCAGGACCAACUUUUCUGCCACCAAUUGAAGGUCAGAAUUUCAGUAAAUCGCAAUCGCAAAGUCAAGUGAAUUCGUUACAGAAUGAGGUAUUAAUGUUGAAGAAAGCCAUCAAGUACACAACUGAAAGUGAUGAUGAAAGGUUAAACGAACUAAUCAUACUCUGGAGAGGAGCAGGUAGAGAUAUCGUCGAAAAGUUAUUUGCCAUAGUACCCAAACCAAAUCUCGAAAAUAAUAAUUCGAAUGGAUACAAUAUCACUGAUCAAUCUACACCGAGCUAUUGGAAUAGUACACAUGGUAAUGAUAACGGCAACGAUAACAACGAUGGAACUGAUCUGACUGAAGAACAAGUGGCAUUCCUGAAAAAUGCAGAGAGAAAUCAAGAUGGUGAACCGAUUGACGAUGAAGGCAAUUUAUUGAUUCCGAAUCAUGACGAAAGAGAUAUGAAAAUGUUUUGGGAUUCUUUGAGCGGUGGUGACGGGGACGGCAAUGUUGGUGGACAUAGAGAUCGUAGAAGUGGCACAAGCUGGUCGAAUCAAGCCCCACAUAACUCUUAUCAGAGAAAUGGUGAGAAAUAUGGUCAAAACAUACACACAUCGAGUCCAACUAAUCCAAAGCCCGAUCCAACGGUUUGGGAUUUCGCAGCAUUAAUGAGAAUGUUCAACGUCGAUCCUUCUCUUUUAGGUUGGAAUGCAGAUGAAGAAGAUUGGAUCGAUGUGGAUGUUAAUUGA